AUGUCAGUAAAUGCCAGUAUUGACGAUAGUUUAAAUAAUAGUAAAGUCGAUGAGAGUGAACAGAGCAUUCUCGAUUCAAGUAUAGAUGUAUCAAAGAAUAUACUCUCAUCAAUGGAGGUUCCAUCAUCUGAAGAACCAAUUCAAGUUACACCAACUGAUCAAAUAAUAUCAAGAACAAUAAGUGAUAUCAAAGCAAAUAACGAUAACAUCGAUGAAGAUGAUAGCCAAACUAUAAUGCCCAGUAAUGAGAUUAUUAAAACAACAACAACAACAGCAACAACAAUAUUAAAAAAAGAUGAGGAAAUGAAGGAUGAACAUAAAGAAAAUGAAAAACCACAUGAUGAAGAAAUUGAUUCUAAAGAAGAAAAAGAAGAUAAAGAAAAUAAAGAAAAUAAAGAAGAUAGAGAAGAUAAGGAAGAGGAAGAUAAAAGUAAAGAAGAAAUGGACGAAGAGAAAGAGAAAGAUAAAGAAAUUGCGGAUGAAAAAAAAGAAGAAAAAGAAGAAAAAGAGGAAAAAGAAAAAUUAAAUGAAGAUGAAGAAAAAGAAAAAGAAGAUGAAAAGGAAAAAUCUUCACAAUCAUCAACUCAAUCAAAAUCUAAAUCUAAAAGUUUACCAGUUAAGAAAUAUGAUAUUGUAGAUUUAAAGAAUAGUAGCAUUGAAAAGAAAUUAUCAACACAGUCAUCUUUAAAUCCAAUUAAUCAAUUACCACUACCAGAUCCAUUACCAGAAAUUACAGAUAUUGUCGAUAAAAAAACAAUUGGAGAUGUUUUAUAUUAUUCAGUUACAUUUAAAAACAACAGCAUCGAUAAAUAUUGGAUUCCAGAGGAACUAGUUUCCCCAAAGUCAUUAAUAAAAUCAUUUAAUAAACAGUUUGAAAAUCUUUACAAAGUAUUUGAUAUGUCACCCCCCAAAUCAAAAAAAGAAGAUGGAGACAAGGAUGAGUACUACGAUGAUGAAGAAUAUUCCGAACCUGAAGAAAAACCAAAGACAAAAAAAAAAUCAACAACAAAAAAAGUAACCAAAACACCAACUAAAGCAACAGCAAAAGGAAGAAAACCAGCAUCUAAAAAUGAAACACCAAAAAAAACUCAAAGCAACAAAAGAGGUAGAAAGAAAAAAGUUGAUUCAGAAUCAUCAGAUGACGAAAAAGUUGAUUCAGAGCCAUCAGAAGAAGAAAAAGUUGAUUCAGAACCUUCAGAAGAAGAAAAGGCUACUAAAAAACAAAAGACUGUUGAUUUUCAACCAUCAUCUAAGGGUGGUAGACAAAGAAUUGCUACAAAUAGGGGAAUUCCAAAAUAA